AUGCCACCCACAGAGGAGGAGGUCAGGCCCACUGGGCUGAGGCCAGGCCACCUGAGGAAACAGCUGGACCUGCUGGAGCCAGAGGCCCCUGGGCUGGUGCCUCCUGUUUGUCGGCCCACACGGGCAAUGGUCUGGUCCCCAGAGCCCCAAGUGAAUAGGGGAGCAAGGAUCGAGGCUGCCCUGCUGGGCCUUGGGACGCAGGCUGCCCUGCUGGGCCUUGGGAUGCAGGCUGCCCUGCUGGGCCUUGGGAUCCAGGCUGCCCGGCUGGGCAUGGGGCUGGUCCUCCCGGAGCUGAGGAGUGGGGGCAAUGAGGAACAGCAGAGCCCCAAUGGACUAAAUGAAAUUAAAGAUGAAAUUUCCUGUUGCCUUGUUACUCUUAUGUUCCAUGGAGAAAAAGGCUUUAUUAAGAUGAAAGACAGUGAAACAGUCAGCUUGGAAGAUAUUUUUGAAAUGUUUAAUAAUGAAAAUUCUCCAGCACUUCAAGAGAGACCAAAGAUAUUUAUAAUCCGGGCCUGCAGAGGAGACAGAAGAGACAAUAGUGUUGAAACAGAUGAUGAACCCAUGGACGCUGAUACCAUAUCAGAGAAGAGGAGGAGGCUGCCCACCUUCAGUGAUUAUUUCAUCAUCUAUCCCACCCAGGCAGAACAUAUUGCUUUACGGCACCCCCACCCUGGCUUUGUGAUGGUAGAAGCAAUGACUGAAGUCUUUAAACAGCAUGGCUAUAAGUGCCAUGUCACUGACUUUUUCACCAAAGUGAAUAAAGUGAUCCAUGCCGAAUUUCAUGUACAUAAGGAACCAACAGAAGUAUCAGUUGUAAUGGAAUCAGCUUUAACUAAAUAAGAAGGAAGUAAUCCGUUAGCCCCAUUGUGAAAAUCUACAAAGAGGCCUAGCUGGAUAGCUUCUCCUCUGGUCUGAAUAUGUCAGAUAUAUAAUCAGCCACUAUGGCCAUGGAUCUGCACAAAAUGUCACACAGAGUUGAAUGCCUUAUGUUUCUUUACUGAUAUCAAGCAAUACUUCCAGGACAGAUAGAUUUCCUGUUUGUUCUUUAUCUUGGCUAUACUUUAAAGUUAUCCUAGAGCAGAAGUCUUUCACCCUCCUUGUGAUAAAGCACUCACUCCACCCGUGUUCCAUGCUGUCUCAGAGUUACCUUUGACCAGGCUGACCAGUAGACCUAAACACCUAAGCUUAGGGAAGGGACCUGAAAUUAGGAAUCUCAUACAUUCAAGAUUAAGAUGGCCCCAUAUGGGGAUGUAAAGUGUAAAAUAUUAGGAACCCUUUUCCCAUCAAUGGGAUAAUCCCAAGUACUCUGUUCUUAGCCAUGAACUGGGCUUUGAUACAGGAGCUCAUAUUCCA